AUGUCCUUAAGUAGGAGCCCUUCGCCUGUUCCCGGAGGAGGCUGGUCCUCGCCUGGCUUGGAUAUCAACACCAGCGGUCGAUCGAGUCCUGCCAGAGGCACACUUGGAAAUGGCCACAAUGUGACCUGGGAGUCCGCCAGACUUAAGAGCCAGGGCGUAAGCGGAUAUCCAUCAUUCUCGACACAGAACCAGGGCUUCUUUACGCGACACAUGCGCCAGCUCUCUAGCAGUCUGCCCACCUUCACGAAACACGACGACCGAUACGUAGAGAAAGACAAGAUGGCCCGAAGCAGAUGGAACAUUCCACUGGUUGGCAGGUUACGAAAGAUGAUGACACGCAUGAGCAGGAAGACCAAGGGCAGGCUUAUGAUCCUUGGCAUACUGCUCCUAUGCUAUAUGCUCUUCUGGAUCACGCCGCUCUGGUAUCACUGGAGAAGAGCGACAUGGUUGGGUGGUGGUCAGAAAUUUGUCAUCAUUCUGGCUGCCAACAUUGGCGGUGGUGUCAUGGAGUGGAAAGGCGCCAGAGAGUGGGCCAUUGAGCGAGACAGCGUAAGGAACAAGCGAAAAUACGUAUCGAACUGGGGCUACGAUCUCGAGAUUGUGGACAUGAGCACAAAGAAGCGCUACGCCCACGAAUGGCGCGAGAGCUGGGAAAAGGUUGAUGCCAUCAGGAACAGCUUUCGCAAAUACCCCAAAGCCGAGUGGAUCUGGUGGCUGGACUUGAACACCUUUGUGAUGGAACCGACCUAUUCUCUGCAGAGCCAUAUCUUCAACGACCUCGAAAAUAACAUCUACCGCGAUAUCAACGAGUACAACCCGCUGAACAUUACCCACCCUCUCAAGGCCAACUAUCUCGACCAAGAAUCUCAAAACGUUGAGGGAGACGGCAAUGCAGACUCUGUGAACCUGAUCCUCCCCCAGGAUUGCUCUGGAUUCAACCUGGGAUCCUUCUUUGUCAGACGCAGUGACUGGACCGAUCGACUACUGGACAUUUGGUGGGACCCUGUCAUGUAUGAACAGAAGCACAUGGAGUGGGAGCACAAGGAGCAAGAUGCCCUGGAACAGUUGUACAAGACGCAGCCGUGGGUGCGAAAACACACGGCUUUCAUCCCCCAGAGGAUGAUCAACAGCUUCCCGGACGGUGCUUGUUCCGACAAUGGCAAGGAUGAACGCAUUCACUACGACCAGAAAGACCGGGACUUUGUCGUCAACAUGGCGGGAUGUGAAUGGGGUCGAGACUGCUGGGGCGAAAUGUACAACUUCCGCGAGUUGAGCUAUUACCUCAACCGCAACCCUUGGGAGCUCUUCAAGGAGGACUUUGUGGCGGUGAUCUGGUUCAAGCUCACCGGCCGCAAGGUCAAGCUGUAA